UUGGGCUCACAGGGUAGCUCAAAGGAAGUCCAGGCUUUGAAGCCUAGGCCUUCGAGGCGUUCGAUCCAGGCAGACACAUGCAGGUCUUCGUGACUCCCGGUGCGCAGCCAGUGGCUCGGCGCGCAGGCGCCGCGCCCGGGAGGCCAAAGUCUGGGACUGAUGCGCCCGGGUCACAAGCACCAGGACGGAGAAUACCUGCCAUCCUUGCCCUGGGCAUUGCGGGAUUUUCGCUUGUGAGAUCGUCCAGAAGAACUAGAACACAAUCUCGAGCAGCCGAAAAGGAUGCUGAGGAGAAGUCAAUGGAGCCGUCUACGAAAUCCAUCGAGACGAUGAUGAAAUUUUCCAAUCAGUAUGCCAAGGUGACGAAGACUAAGUACUGCACUGACAAAUCAGUGCCAGCUGUUGUCAUUGUGGGUCUUGCUCUUCACAAGGAGACCCUGGGUGCACCGCUGUGCCCCUGUCGGCACUACGAGGACAAAGAGCAAGAGGUCAAGAACGGGUACUGGAACUGUCCCUGUGUUCCAAUGCGGGAGCGGCAUGAAUGCCACUGUAUGCUAUUCUUGAAAGACAACAGUCCAUUCGCGAACACCCUGCCCAAGCAGUUGCAGGCGCUGGCGGAUGUCAGUCUUAUCAUACUCAGGUCUGAAUGUGCGCAGAUCGAUUUGGAGGAGAUCAUGAAGCUUAAGGAUGGAUAGCACUGACACAGUCUCACCGCAGUGCGGCACAGACGUAUGAUGCGCCGCAUGCAG